ACGUGAACGUUGGAAUUAAUUUGUACGCUUUAUUGACUGAGACGGCACACCAGAAAAUUGCACGGUAUUUUGUAUGUGAUUGAUGCGCAGUUCUUACAGAAGACAUUGCUUUUCCUGACGGGAUUGCUGUACCGGUAUUCUGAUUAAAAACCGCACUGUGUAACGCUCGUGCUCCGUUGUACAUAUUACGCCAGUAUCAGAUCCUGGAACGGAAUAUGCAGCGUUGGAGGACGUUGGGACGCGUGUCCCCGUGCACUGUCGGUUUAUUAAUGUGGACGCUGUUGCAGUUUAAUCUGGGGAACGUGGCGGGUAUCUGGUGUUAUUCCUGCAAGAACUGUCUGGAUCUGCAGCGUGCCGAAGUAGUGCAGUGCGGGACGACGGCCUGUCAUUUGUUCAUCCAGGCGCACGGCACCAACGUGACGGCCUCCCGCGGCUGCGGCACCAUCCACCAUUUGUGGCUGUCGCCCAACGAGUGUCUGGAGCGCUAUAAUGGCAGCAUUAUGUCCACGGUGUGCAACUGCGACUCCUUCGACUUAUGCAACGCCGCAUUGCCGCAGACGACGACGACCACCACUACAACGACCACCACGACACCGACGCCGACCACCACCGCCAAACCGGAUCCGGUCCGCGACGAUCUACCGGAACUGAUCGCGCAGCUGUCCACCCUGCUGGACCGGCUGAAAACCUAUCAGACCCGCGCACAGCACUGUACAUAG